AUGUUUAAAUUGCCGUCAAAAAAGCGGUUACAAGAGGUUGCAACUGUUGUUUCACGUAUAUUUGGUACUACUUUCAAUGUGGAUUGCCGUCGGAACGGAAACCGUAUUCUUCGCCAACGAUUUCGUGGGCCAGCUAUACUUGAUUAUUAUUCGAGGAUGGAUAUUAAUCCUAAAACAAUAAUUCGGUCGUUUCCAGAGCUUAAACUGUCAGAUCCUGUUGAAGAAGCUCGUAAGGCCGAUGUAGAUAGACGGCGCCGACGAGGUAAAGGGCCACCAGCAAAGUCUAAGGUUAAAAAAGAGGCGAAAACUGCACAGAAAAAGCGUUAG